AUGGGCAAAAAACCCCUAGUGGUGGCGCUCGGCGACCCCAAGUACGCCGGCGAGGACUUUAUCAGCGACUUCAAGAAGGAUUUCGACUUCGAGAUCCUCCUUGCCACAAAUCACCAAGAAACACUAGACUCCCUUCCCAAACUCAUCGCCAAAUCCGGCCCAGUCUCAGCCUUCAUAGUCCGUAUGGGCACACCACCAUACGAGCCCUUUGACGAAGAAAUGUUCAGCCCCCUCCUGCCGCACUGUAAGAUCAUCACUUCCGCAUCAGCGGGCUUCAACGAAUUCGACCUCGACUGGAUGACCGCCAACAAAAUAUGGUUCUGUAACACGCGCAACGCCGUCGCCGAGGCUACAGCCGAUAUGGCGAUCUUCCUCAUCCUCGCUGUCCUCAGAGACACCACGCGUGCUGAAACGGGCGCUAGAUCUGACACUGGCGCUUGGAAGACAGGACUCGUACCGUGCCGCGAUCCAACUGGCCUGACUUUGGGUAUUGUCGGUAUGGGGGCCAUUGGCAAGUACACUGCCAGAAAAGCUUCAGUCUUCAACCUGAAAAUCAAAUACCACAACCGGCACCAGCUCCCCACCGAAAUAGAGAAGGAGUAUAACGCAGAAUACGUCUCAAAUCUCCACCAGCUCCUGUCCGUGUCAGAUAUAAUCAGCAUAUCAUGCCCACUGAACGCCGAGACAACGAACAUGAUCUCGCACGCCGAAUUCGCCGCCAUGAAACAAGGUUCUUUUCUCGUCAAUACCGCCCGCGGCGCCGUGAUCAACGAAGAGGCAUUGAUCGAGGCUCUCGAGUCCGGUAAAAUCACCCGCGCAGGACUCGACGUCUUUUGCAAUGAGCCGAACAUCAAUCCCUAUUUCAAGACGAGCGAUAAGAUCGUCGCACAGCCGCAUAUGGGUGGGCUGACGGACGUGGCGUUCAUGAAGUCAGAACGGGAAUGCUUUGAGAAUAUCAGGAGUCUGUUCAAGACUGGAAGGCCUGUUGCGCCGGUUAAUGAGGUCAAGACAUGA